AUGGCAGCACUCAGUGGCUCGUUCGAAUCUGAUCUCGAGACUUUGAAGACGGGGCUCGGCGCCUUUCUCGUGGGGGCUUUCAUUACCACCCUCGCCGUCGGGAUGGUCAUACAACAGACCCUCCGAUACUUUCGCCUGUACCCGAAAGACCCCCUGUACAUGAAAGCAUGGGUAAAUAUCUCCCUCCUCCUAUGUGUCAUGCGCUCCCUUCAGGAUGCAUACCACUCGUUGGCGUUUGCGCAGAUCGACUUAUUCCAGGAUAGCUACUAUCACUUAGUCACGCACUAUCUCGACCCGCUCGUAUUCCUGAAGAAGGCUGUCUGGACCUCUACGAUCAUACCAACCCUCGGACCUGUCAAUUAUGUUGUAUCGGAAAGCUUCUUUGCACGCCGCGUCUAUAUGUUGGGACGCUACCACCGGAUUAUCGCAAUAUUCGCUAUGACGUUGAUUGUAGCGUCUGUUGGCUUCUUCAUCCCUAUGACCGUCCAGGCUGCCACCACGACCACCGCCCAGGCGCAAUCUACCUUCGGCGGCUGGCAACCCACUGUGGGAAGUGCGCUUCUCGUAGCGGGAGAUCUGCAGCUCUCUGGCGUGCUGGUCUACUACCUAUAUAAGAAUCGCACCGGUGUACGGCGCACUAACUCUAUGGUGGACAUUCUCAUUGCAUACACCGUUAGCUCUGGAUCACUCAUCUGUGCGCUCAACAUCGUGAGCCUGAUCCUAGCAGUCCAUGAUCCCCACAAUGCCCUGUUCGUCCCUGCCUCGAUGGUCGUUCAAGCUGCAUAUACAAGCUCCUUCCUCGUAGCUCUCAACACGCGCCAGCUCGCGCGCGACGCCGGAAACAUGGACGACACGGAUAUAGGCGGACACAUGCAGCAUGCUGGCGAGAAAGGCCCCGCCAGCCCCGCCAAACGCGACGCUCUGGCAAUGACAUCGCUCGCGUUCGCGACGGGGCCGCUGCAGACGCAGUUGAGCGAGGUGGUGUUCCACAGGGAAGACGACAGUAGCGCGAGCAGCGACACGAAACAGGACGCCGGUGCGGAGCAAGGGGUGCACAAGCGUGGAACUUUCGGGACGGCCACGGUCUGA